UACAGCAUUUUUUUUUGUAAAGAAUCCCAAGGAUCGACUCUCUCUCUCUCUCUCUCUCGUCUCAUCUGCAAAUAUUCCCCGAGACUCCAAAUCGCCGCCAUGUUGAGACAAGCUUCUCGCCUCCUCUCCCGAUCCGUCACCGCCGCAUCCUCCAAAUCGGUGACGGCUCGUGCCUUUUCAACGGAGCUUCCGUCGACGGUCGAUUCGACUUUCGUGGAGUCAUGGAAGAAAGUAGCGCCGAACAUGGACCCGCCGCAGACUCCUUCUUCCUUCAUGAAGCCACGUCCUUCGACUGCUUCUUCGAUUCCGACGAAGCUCACCGUCAAUUUCGUCCUCCCUUACGCAUCUGAGCUUUCCGGGAAAGAGGUCGACAUGGUCAUCAUUCCCGCGACAACAGGACAAAUGGGUGUUUUGCCUGGACACGUUCCAACAAUCGCUGAGCUGAAACCCGGUAUCAUGUCCGUUCACGAAGGUACUGACAUAAAGAAAUACUUCGUGAGCAGUGGUUUCGCGUUUCUCCACGCAAACUCCGUCGCUGACAUCAUAGCGGUUGAGGCCGUGCCGCUUGAGAAUAUCGACGCAAGCCAAGUCCAAAAGGGUUUAGCUGAGUUCACACAGAAACUUGCUUCUGCAUCAACGGAUCUUGAGAAAGCAGAAGCACAGAUUGGCGUCGAAGUUCACAGUGCUAUGAACGCAGCUCUCUCAGGCUAAACAAAGGUUCUCUCUCGUUAAAACAAAAUCAUUUGGGUUCACAGAUGAUUAAUGAAAGUACCUUUUUUUUAUUACAACAAAGGAUGAUUUUUCCUUGUUAACUGUGUUUGAGUUUGUUUGAAUAAUAAAUGAUUUUGUGGAAGGCACAAACCAACAAGUAGUUUCUUGUGUUCAUAUUCUCUGUUACUUGUUUGUGUUAAGAAACUAACUAAAAGUUUCCGAAUUUAUUUAUGGUCUCCGAGUUUAUGUAAGGACCAGUUUUAAGUUUUC